AUAAACCUAACUACACUUGACAGGAAACAGUUACUUUACUUCAUUAAUAGAAAAGUUAGCAGCUGGGUUUCGGUUAUGAUUCUCAGACUUCUGGGAUUUGUAGGUCGUACACGCAGCGGGUCUACCAAGCCUCGCCAUGUGGAGCCUGCCGUAAGCGGGGAUACCAACUUUCCAACCUCAAGCUAGCUGUGUGCGGUGUUGUCAGUCAUCAUGUCAUUUUGUUUUAACUUCGACGUUCCAGCACGAACAACAAACCCGGACGACGUGGAUGGAAAGGAAUUGCAAAAUGGAAAAAAAGAUACUGCUGCUAAAGCUAUGGAGGAUGAUACCAAACCAGCAGAGCCAGUAAAAGAGGCCAAAGAGCACCUUCCACUAUCUGACCCACAGUUUCUCCUUAGGGAUGCUGUCACUGAAACGCUUACCAUAGGAACUCUUCCUCCUCUUCACUUCCUCAACGAGACCGUUUUUGAAAAGACCGCCUCGGAGAGAGAGGACGGAGAGAAAAUUCUGUCUCGCACUGCAGAGCAGAGGUCUGAUCUCAUCUCUGGCGUGUACGAGGGAGGGCUGAAGGUGUGGGAGUGCACUUACGACCUUCUGGAGCUGAUUGAGAAAGAUGGAGAGACCUUUGGGGGGAAGGCAGUUUUGGAUUUGGGCUGUGGUGCGGGGCUGCUGGGGAUAUUGGCUCUGCAGAGAGGAGCCAGGCAGGUCCACUUCCAAGAUUAUAACAGUACCGUUAUUGAACAGCUCACAGUGCCAAAUGUUAUACUAAACUGCCAAGAGGAGGAUGAAGUAGACAGUGAAGACGACAAAGAAGGGAGGGGGAAGGGAAACGUACAGGAGGAAGAUGGUUGUAAAAAGAAGGUGAAAGAGAAACAAGAGGUAAAAGAUGGCAUCCCGCCACCUAAAAAAAGAGCCGCAGACCUUUCCCAGCACCCAUUACUAGCCAAGUGUCGUUUUUUCUCUGGUGACUGGAGCACAUUUCUUGCUUUGGUUAAAAAGGAGGACCCACAACCUAAAUAUGACAUUAUAUUCACCUCAGAGACCAUCUACAACACUGCAUGCUACCCAGCGCUACACGAGACCCUCCACAAACUGCUGGCACCCGAUGGACUGGUCUACCUCGCCACCAAAUCCCACUACUUUGGUGUAGGUGGCGGACUGCACCUGUUCGAGACCUUUGUGGAGCAGAGGGGUAUUUUCUCUUUGGAUCACCUGUGGGAUAGGGAAGAAGGACUUCAGAGACAUGUAGUAGUCCUGCGUUUUACAAUGGCAAAGGGCACUUAAAUAAGUAAAGUAGUCCUGGAUUGAAUAUGCAGCUUUAUUUAUGUAAUAACGGUCAGGGACUCUGUUAAAGAAUAACUACUGCACAGUUUAAUGCAAAUGACAAUAUUAGGAUUUCCUUUCUAUUUGAAGCUUGUAAAUUGUAUACUAGAGCAACCGUGGUAAAACAAAGACAAGUUGUAAUAAAAUAUGCUGUCUCAUCUCCUAUUUGCA